GGGAAGGGAGCCGGGCGCCGGGGCGAUGGCGGGGCUGAAGACGGCGAGCGGGGAGGCCAUCGACGGCUCCUUCGAGCUGCAGGUGGAGGUGGAGGAGGGCGACGCAGUGGGGCAGGCCGGCAGCCCCCCGGCAGCCCCCCGCGCCCUCGCUCUCCGCGUCACCGGGGACCUCCAUGUCGGCGGCCUCAUGCUCCUCAUCGUGGAGACUGUCGGGGUGCAGCGGGACUGGUCGGACCACGCGCUGUGGUGGGCGCAGCGGCGGCAGUGGCUCCUGCGCCCCGGGCGCACCCUGGACGCGCUGGGGGUGGGGGGGGACGCCCGGCUCCGUUUCGCCCCCCAACACCGACCCCUGCGCCUGCGUCUGCCCAACCGCCGCCGCCUCCGCCUGCGCCUCUCCUUCGCCCAGCCCCUGGCCCACGUCGUCGCACAGGCCUGCCGCCUGCUCGAGGGGAGACACUGGGUUGUACUGGGAGUCACUGGGGCUGGGUGUCCCCAGGAGGAGCUCACCACCGUCCCUGAGCUGGCUGAGGAGCUGGAGAUCUACAGACCCCGCAAGCUGACCCUGCGGGGGUUUCGCCCCACCUGGGCCGUGCUGAAGGAGACGUCGCUCUCAUAUGGCCGCAGCCCCCCACUGGUGCCCCGCAUCCUGGAGGUCCUCCACCGCGUGGGGGCGCUGUCGCCGGCGCAGGCCCGGCUCCGUUUCCUGGAGGCCUGGAGGGCGCUGCCCGGCUUCGGCCUGGCCUACUUCCUCGUGCGGUUCAAGGGCAGCCGCCGGGACGAGGUGUUGGGCGUCGGCCCCUCCCGGCUGCUCCGGCUGGAUCCCGGCACCGGCAGCGUCACCCGUGCCUGGCGGUACAGCGCCCUGCGCCAGUGGAACGUCAACUGGGACACCCAGCAGGUGACACUGGAGCUGGAGGGGGAGGUGACGCUGGCGCUGUGCGUGCUGUCGGCCCCGUGCCAGGCGCUGCACGAGUUCCUGGGGGGGUACCUGUGCCUGGGGGGGCGGCAGCCGGGCCAACCCCUCGACCUCCGCCUGUUCCACAAGCUGACGGGGGGGCAGGAGCCCCUCUGAGACCCCUCGCGCGAGGGGUCCCCCGCAAUGUCGGCGCCGCCGGCCUCGGGCCCCCA